CGGACCGGAUGACAUAAUCAGCAUUCAUAACUAUUUUUUAAAUGAAUUAAAUAAGGUUCGUGGUGAAAUCAGAACGUAAAGUUUGAAAGUGGAGUUACUCAACAUGAUUCAGGACAGCUGGGAGCAAAAUGCCAAACGAUAAUGGAAUACAGAUGUAUUUAAUUUCGUAUUUCCUAGCUCAGUUAUGUUUGCAGCAAGAACAAAUGUAUUUUGCACUGUGCAUGAUUGUAUGACUGAACAUGAGAGAUAUAUGUAUUUUGCAUUGCAUUGUGCACACUUGUAUUUAAAGCAUGCUCAAUGCUGACACGUGCACAGCUGUGGUGCACGUGGGUUUAGGAGCAAAUCACUAUAUGUUUAUAAGCCUACAUGUGCAUUAUGUUUCUUGUGUGUGAAUGCACAGCUUCAGCUUUAGCUUUGAACAGAAAAUAACUAUGAUAUAAACUGCAGAUGCAUUAUAGUUGCAUUGAAUGUCUAAAUAAUAAACAACUGUAUAAAAAUGUCUGUAUUUUGCACAAGGCACCUUUUGCAGAACUUUAGGUACACGGUUCAUAGAAUAUCUGUGUCGAUAAGAAUACCUCCACGUGGAGCAUUUCUCCUAAAAGGUUCUCAGCUUCUCUCUCAAGCCCCCAAAGUGGGUUUGUUCUGUUGGACUGCGGGAGGCAUUACCUAUGCCACUGCCCAAAAAGCGAUUGGUCAACAGAGACUUACAGAGAGGAAGUCUGUUGCUCGAGUACAUGUCCACAGGUUGGUAUUCAUCUUUCGUCUGGGACUCCGCGCCAUGGUGAUUUUUCUGAAGUUUAGCCCCCUUUUGCUUCUGUACCCAUUGACUUUACUAUCUCACCGUUGGGCUUCCAAUUGGCUGGAUGUCCUGCUUUGGGUCACCGAGACUUCUGGACCCACGUUUAUCAAAUUGGGCCAGUGGGCCAGCACCAGACGAGACAUCUUCUCUCAGGAAUUCUGUGACCGUUUCUCAAGGCUUCAUGUUCGGGUGAAGCCUCAUUCAUGGGCCCACACCAAGCAGUGUAUGCUUAGGGCAUUUGGAGAAGGUUGGAGGCAGAUGUUUGUGUUUGACAGUAAGGAACCUGUUGGUUCGGGAUGUGUGGCACAGGUGUACCGCGCCACGGCCAAGGUAGGGAACGUAGAAGAUCCAGCAUUCCAGCAACUGGUGGAGGAAAUGGAGAAGAACAAUCUCCUGGAGGCAUGGGAGAUCCCUGGUCUCCGAGGAGCAUUGAGGGACCUCUGGGAGACAUAUAAAGAUGAGGAAGAGACAGUGCACACCAAGACAAGGGAAUUUACAGAUGGUCCAACCAGUUUGAGAGACCAUCCUGAAGAAGAGCGUCUGAUACCUGUGGCGAUUAAGGUUCUUCAUCCUGGAAUCAGGAGGCAGGUGGAGAUAGAUUUGAUUCUGAUGAAAGCUGGAAGUUUGUUCCUCAACUGUUUUCCUGGCAUCAAGUGGCUCAGCUUGCCUGAGAUUGUAGACGAGUUUGAGAAGCUCAUGACCAAACAGAUUGAUCUUCGGUUUGAGGCGCAGAACAUUGAAAAGUUCCAAAAGAACUUUAAAGAUCUUAAAUAUGUGAAGUUUCCGACACCGCUCAGACCGUUUGUCACGAGAACUGUCUUGGUGGAAACAUACGAGGAGAGUGAACCCAUUUCAAAGUACUUGAGUACUGACGUCCCAGCAGGAGUCAAGCAGAGGAUCGCAAGGAUGGGAGUUGAUCUUCUUUUGAAAAUGGUGUUUGUGGAUAAUUUCGUCCAUGGAGACCUCCAUCCCGGGAACAUCCUGGUGCAGGAUGGGCAAGGAGAGGGACUCCAGGACAGAGCCACUCUAACAGACCUGUGGGACACUGUGGUGGUCAGCAUGAGACCGACCCCUCCACCCCUGCAGCUGGUGCUACUGGAUGCAGGCAUUGUUGCGCACCUUAGCGAGGCAGACCAACGCAACUUCAGAGCUGUGUUCACUGCGGUCGUUCUCAAGCAGGGUGAGCGAGUGGCAGAGCUGAUUCUUCAUCACGCCCGUGCCAAUGAGUGCCAGGAUGUGACGUGCUUCAAGAAGGAAAUGGCUGAAUUAGUGGAUCAUGCACUCAGUGACACUCUCUCCCUGGGAAAGAUUCGGGUGGCUGAGCUGUUGUCUCGAGUCUUUGGUGUACUGAUCCAUCACAAGGUGAAAUUGGAGAGUAAUUUCGCUUCUAUCGUGUUUGCUAUCAUGGUCCUGGAGGGUUUGGGCAGAUCACUGGAUCCCAACCUGGACAUCUUGGAGAUCGCUAAACCAAUACUGCUGAAGAACUGCACCUCACUCUAAAUACACUGUCAACAUUUACCUCAUUAUUCCACACACUAAUAAUGGCCUGUUUCGUCAGAGCAUCAUGAAAAGUGCUGAUCAGGGAAUUCAACGUCACUCAGAGGAAAAGUGCAUAUGUGGGAUCAAUUUACAUGUGUUAUGUUCUGAUCAAUUCUGUGAUGCUGAGAUUGACUUAUGCACAUGGGGCAAUUCGUCCCUUUUUUGAGUUUAAAAUGCUCAUGAUAUGUACGCUAAAUGAAACAUGAAGCCUGCCCUUUAGUUUAUAAACCUUAAUCCCUCUCUGGUCUUAACGAUCAAGUCCCUGUGUUGUCCUUAAGUGUCAAAUUGACCCUGUUUUAUGCUCAAUUUCAAAAGCUUGUAAUUAAGGCUCUGUUUGCUCUAUCUCUCUUCUUAUGGUCUUAAAUCGUUCAUCUAGGUGCCAGCGAACAAUAUAAAAAAUAUGUUUUUCUCUAUCGGGUUUAAGUCUGAAAGCAGAGAGAUCGAGCAAACCGAGAAUUUAUUACAAGCCUUUGAAGCUUUUUAUUUUUUAAACAAGAGUUUUGAAGAGUGUUGGGGCGUCCCCUGACUUUCAGAACUGUAUAUUGGAUUAGAAGGUGACAGAGAUAAAAAUAUGUUUUUCUAGUGUUAGCUGGCACCUAGACAAACUAUUUAAGACCAAAAUUAGAGAGCUUGAGCAAACAGAGCCUGUAUUACAAGCUUUGGAAAUUGAACAUAAAAAGGGUCAAUUUGACCCUUAAGGAAAACGUAGGGACGUUUCUGUAGCUUUGUGUAUAAAUACAUGAAACGUACAAAAAAAAUGACAUUGCCAGGUUCAGAUCACCUCUGUGGAGGAUGUCAUGGAGUUUCAGGCCCAAAACUUAAAGUUAAGUUGAUGUAAAUCGGUGUUAGAAAAUGUAAAAGGGUCAAAUCGACCCAUAAGUCAGAGGAAAGGUUCAAACGUUUUCCUUGCCAUCCUUAAAUAUCCCAAUGUAACAAUUUGACCAAGUGUAUUAGACAUAAGCCUGCUUAAAAAAACACUGAUCUAUUUCAAUAUAUUGUGAUUCUGUGGAAAACUGUUGUCUGAAUUAUAGAGUUAUUGUUUAUAAGCAAUAGCAUUGAAUUAAGGGACUAGAUUUUACGCAGACACCCCUUGACUUAAUCUUUUGUUGUUGUGUUUUGGAUAACCAUAUAAAAAAAUCUGUGUUUAUGUCCAUAAAUUGUAUCUGUAGCAAUCAAUAUCUAUUUGUAAAAUGUGUGGUAGACAAUCACAGGAGACAGUCAUUUUUUAUUCCUUAUGAUCUGUUGUGUUAGUCACAUGACAUAAAGGAUUAGUUAGCCCUUAUUUGAACCUGUUUCCUUAACAACGUUCAUGCAUCAUGACUAUAUUUUGUUAUUAACCUCAAUGAAAUAAGAUGAUAAUUGCUUUUUCAAAUCUUUGUUGGAAUUAAACUAA